GCUUUUGAUUAUAAAACAAAGGAGUGAAAAUUCAUUCAUUAGAAAUUUUUGUUUUAUAUAUUUUCUUCUUAUUUUUUAUCUGGCAAGAAUAAAAACAAAUUUAAAAAAUCAGUAAAUAUAAAUUGGUAACGUGAUUAAAUAAAAAACAAAUAAAUAAAUGACGGGUAUUUGUGAAAAUAUAAAUGCAACGCAAUAAAUAAUUUUUUUUUUACCAAAUCUAGAAGUUCAAAAUAUCACAGCCCAAAUUCGACCAUCCUACAAAUGACCUGAAACAAAUGAAUUUCUCAACUCAUGUUAUAAAAUAACAAAAAAAGUAAACAAAUAAUUAUAAAUAAAAAGAUAAAAAAUUUUAGUCUAGGAAAAACCAGACAAAAUGUUAGAAACACCAAAAUUUGAUGAGGCCGACAAUUAUGGCGGUAGCCGAACAUUCACCUGGUUGGCAGACCUAUCUGGUCUAUCAAUUGAUGUGGUGAACUUUAUAAUAUGCCAAAUAUCUGCAAUCUUCCUAGCAUCACUAUUUCGCUCAGUGCUACAUCCUUCCAAAGUGACUGCAUCAGUGCGUCAUAUAGUGGCGUUGAGUGUUGGUCUAGUUUUUGGUUAUUUCUGUUUUGGAGCACAAGCCAUACAUAUUGCCGCUCUGCCAGCUGCAUGUUAUGUAGUCAUACGCACACAAAGUCCAAAAGUUGUACAAAGGGGCGUUAUGAUUGUGGCAAUGGCGUAUUUGCUAAGCAUACAUUUGUUGCGACAGAUCUAUGAUGAUGGCUCGCAUACAUUGGACAUAACUGGCCCACUAAUGAUAAUAACACAAAAAGUUACUAGUUUGGCCUUUAGCAUACACGAUGGUUUUGUAAGACAAACUAAGGAUCUUACCAAGGCCCAACAAUAUCAUGCUGUUUGUAAAUUACCCUCAGCUUUAGAAUAUUUUUCAUAUGCCUUGCAUUUUCAAGGCUUAAUGGCUGGUCCAUUGGUAUUCUACAAAGACUACAUAGAUUUUGUCGAGGGUUGUAAUCUACUAAAACCAACAAAUACAAAUGGAAGCGUGGACAACGGCAAAACGCAAUUGGUGCUAGAACCAUCGCCGGUGAAAACGGUGGUGAAAAAAGUUAUCGGCAGCUUUAUUUGCGCCUUUAUCUUUAUGAAAUUCGUUAAAAUGUAUCCAAUAAAAAAUAUGAAGGAUGACGAAUUUAUAGAGAACACCGGCAUUGCGUAUAAAAUAUGGUACGCCAUGAUGGCUACCACCUGCACACGUUUUAAGUAUUAUCAUGCCUGGUUAUUGGCCGAUGCCAUAUGCAAUAAUUCAGGCUUAGGGUUUACGGGUUACGAUAAGGAUGGCAAUGCCAACUGGGAUCUCAUUUCUAAUAUUAAUGUUUUAGGUUUUGAAUUUGCUACAAAUAUGCGUGAUGCUAUUAACAAUUGGAAUUGUGGCACAAAUCGUUGGUUACGCACCAUCGUUUAUGAACGUGUCCCCAAAAAUUAUGGCACCAUUUUAACAUUUGCUUUAAGUGCUGUCUGGCAUGGUUUUUAUCCUGGUUACUAUUUAACAUUUGCAACUGGUGCUUUGAUGGUAACCUCAGCUCGUAUGGCUCGCCGUAUGUUCCGUUAUCGCUUCCAACAAACACGCAUGACACGUAUGCUUUAUGACAUUUUGACAUGCCUGACAACUCGAGUUGUUAUGGGUUACGCUACAUUCCCAUUUGUUCUGCUUGAAUUCAUGGGCAGCAUUAGAUUGUACCUGAAAUUUUAUUUGUGCCUUCACAUUGUUGCACUCAUUACCAUAUUUAUUUUACCCAAAUUUAUACGCGGCGAAAGACGUCCAUACCCACCACAAUCGUCCUCCAAAACAUCACUGGGUGGAGAAAAUCAAAAACCACUCAUCUCAUCUCACAUUAACAAGGAUGAUUACGCUAAUGUAAGUAAAUCCACAUCAGUCAAUGAUAAUGCAGCUAUUAAGGCAGCGGCCAAUCAGACCACAUCCUCAACAACAAAUACAGAUGUAUUGCCCGAAGCCCAUGAGAGGCAUUCGCCAGCACCACCAAAAUUACCUCUUGUUAAUCCCGGAAGGGAUGCCGUGAGUGUGCCCCACGAUCAGUGCGAAAUGGAUCAAUUGUCUAGCAAGAUAAUGGAAAAAAUCGAAGCUGAAACUAAGAAUAUUGAGGAGUUCAUUGAUAAGACUGUAACGGAAACUGUAACGGGUAUUGUGGAAUUUAAAAAUGAUUUAAUGCGCGAAAUACCCAAUGGUUUACGUAAACGUACCUCUUUGGCUACAAACGUUAGCGAUGUGGUAGCUGGUACUACCGGCAAGCCAUCCGUAGAAGAGAGUGCUGCUUUCCUUAAAAAAGAAAUCGAAGUAAUCAAUGCUGUCGUUCAGCAAGCCAACGUUUUGCCAGCUGUUUUAAGUAAUGGUCAUGCAAAAUAGCCACUAUAGGCAUCACCAAAUCUACUAACUACAACUAAAACUCUUAAUAAUAAAAUUAUUUACAUAUAAGAAUAGCAUUGAUUUUCUUUGUUUUUCAAAAUGCUCUAACUCUAUAUACAUAAUAUUAUUAAUUGUUAAUCACAUUGAUGAUUAUGAAUAAUAAUAAUGACAAACGAUUAUAAUGAUUGAUAAUAAGUUUAAUCCUGAUACAUUUAAUAAACAUUUUUUUUAGUAUGUAAAACAACAAAUUAAAUCUAAUGCAGAUAGAAAGAAGAUCAACUUGACCCCAUACUAAAGAAAGAAAACAAAAAUAAUAUUUUAAAAACUAAUCAAAAAAAAAAAGAAGAAAAACUUACCAUCCAUACAUGUUAUGUAAUGAAAACGUAAUGUAACUUAUUCAUCCUUCGUGAUCAUCUUAUUAUUAUUAUUUAUCCAACCCUCCGCUUUUUUAUAACCAUUGUUAAGCACUUUAUUAAAAAAAAACUAAGCACAACACCACACGUUUUAGUUCCAAAGCACGCACACAUACACAAUUUAUACCAAAAUACACAAAAACAAAAAAAAAUUAACAAAAUUUAACAAGCGCACACACAACAAGAUUGACAAAAGUCCUUCCAAAAAGCAUUAAAUUUUUACAAGACAAGAUAAAACUAAACUAAACAAAACAAAACUUAACAAUUUACACUUUACAAUUGUUCCUAUUUUUUAUUUAGCAACAAUCAAAUUAAAUCCAUUCAUAUCUUCCAAAAUAUUUUAAAGAAAAAUAAUGUAGACAAUUUGUUUUUGCUAUUUUUUCUCUCUCUCACACAUUGAUAUUUUUAGAAUUUUAUAUUAUGGACUUUUUUUGAGACCAAAAAAUAAACACUAAUAAUUGAAAAGAAACUGAUCAAAAUUUUAUUCAAUUAACACUUUAUUUAUUUAUGUAUGUAUUUUUGUAUGCUUGUUUUAAUAACUAAAUGACUUGUUUUUGUUGAAAUAAAAAUAUUGAAUAUUGAAAUUGAAAUAGAGAAAUACUGAAAAUGUAAAUUAAUUUAAGUAACUAACAAAUGGAAUUCUAAUAGAAUUUUUUUCUAAAACAAGUUUGCCAUCUUCAAACGAAUCUAAAUAAUAAAAAAAAUAAUAAAUCCUUAUCGAAUCUCAUUUUCGAGAUAUAUUUUUAAAAAAAUCUUUUCAAAAAUCGAAUAUUGGACAAAAUUUGUAUCUUUCUCACCAAAUUAAUUUAAAUAUUGUAUAUUUUCUUCCAUUAAUAUUAAAUUAUACCUUUUUUUUAAAAUGCACUUGGAAAAAGUUUUGUUAGAAGUCUGUUUUGAAUACAUAAUUGUGUAAUAAUUUAUUUUAAAUAAUAAACAAAUUUUAAACUAAAAA